AUGGACUACGACUAUUACCACCACGACUACUACUAUGAUGGCUACCAUGACUAUGACGGAUGGGAUGGCGAGUAUGGGGGAGAGGAUUACGACUACAACGAGCCCUACUGGGAAGACGAUUACUGGUAUCAUGAAGAAUCACCUGAAUACUAUCAUCAACACUAUGAUGAAAGCCAGGAUUAUGGGAACGGCUACCACCAUUAUCAUGCAUCCGAGGAACAAUAUGGAGAUCACUCUGGUGAAUAUUAUGAUCAUGGCUAUAAUCAAGGAUCCUCACAAGGCAGCAACUAUCACUCCACAGAGGGAGCAACGUACAAUCAGCAUGAUCAACACCAACAUCACUACUACGGGAGCGACUCCUGGUAA